CGACUUAUGACUGCAGGGAAAAAGCAAGUUUUCUUUAUGUACAGUCAACUCUUAGUUUGUAGAGUCAACUGUUUAUUCUUUAAAGAGUCAACUCUUGGUCACGGGAUUUGAUUAAAAUCGCAUCAAUUCCAAUUUUCCCCAUUUUCCCUCUCUCUCUUAUUCAAUUCUCUAAGAAACCUAACCCUCAAACCAGCGAAAAUCCUCCCAAAUUUCAUCAAAAUAACUCACCCAAACACAAACCCACAUCAUUUUCAGCCCAUUCCUCUUAGAUUCCUGCAUUAUUUCCAAAAAUGAUGAGGACUAAAAGAGUGGCAAAGAAACCAAGGACACAGGUGGCAAGCUCUUUCGCAAGGCGUCGCAAAGCUGCCCAAAGUCCUAAGGAGAGCAGUGAAAGCACAAACACCAAGCAGAAAAGGAGAAGAGGAGGACAAGAUGAUGAAGGUAAAGGGUUUGAUGAUGAAGAACAUGCCGAAGAAACUGAAGAAGCAGGACCCUUACAAGCUGUUUCAUCUCAAGUUCCUCAGAGACUAACCACACAGAAAGGAAUGCAGCUCAUUCUCAAGAGACUUGCACGGAUUGAGUCAAAGCUUGAUGAUCACAUUAACAACUGUCAAAUGGCAGCACCUAUAGGUCCUUGAGGGACAAGGGGAGAUUCAUCUACUGCUGGCACAUCCUCUAGACAACAACCCACUAAUCCCUCUUCACAUCUGGAAGCAUAAAUCCUUCUGUUGCAAUUGUUGAUGCCGAUUAAAUUCUCAUUUUACUA